AUGGACGACUCUGCGCUUGCUCGAGUUGAGCAACAACGGAUCGAGCUCGAAGCUAGUAUUGCAAGACUCCGCAAGUCGCUGCGACACUGGCAAACCCUCGGGAUCGAUUAUGAAGGUCUUACGGAAGAGUUUCUCGGGAUCCCCGAAGAUUCUUCGCUCGAGGAGUGCUUGCAGGCUGCAAGAGAUUUCAAAGCUGACCUGGUUGACGAAAGGGAAUUACAGACGCUUCUCAGAGACAAUAAUUCACGCCCUCGUCGACCCGCGCAAAUAGCUGAUAUUUUAUCCAAGCGCGUGGACUACGUCUCUCGGAAUGUCGAAGCAGUACGAAAGCAGCUCUCCGAAGCUGAGAAGAAGAGAAAUGCCCUCCUUCUCGCUGAACAACCUGAUCAUCGCGACGACGCGGGUCUACCACUGGCAGAGAUCACCGAGGAACUCGAUGAUUCUGGACAGGUGAUAUCGAGCACAGUGCAAACGCCGGGGUCUGAUGCACCUCAACUAAUAGAUGUAUUGAAGAAGGCUGGAAUAAAAGAUGUAGAAGAGUCAAAUGGCAAAAUCACCAAGGUGGAUACUUCCGUCCACAACGCCACCGAAGCAAUGCCUCCUCCAGAUCCAAGUCAGGAGGUAAAUCAAACCGCGGAAAACACUCAUGAUGUGUCUACCUCACAGACGAUCUCCAAAGCACUGGAACCACAAGAAACCUUUCCUGUCAAUCGAAGUGAUACGGAGGCCGAAGCGGAACUUCGACGAGAAAUGGUCCUAUACUCAAGGGGGUUGGAUGAUGUGGGGGCCAUAGUGGCCGAACUUGACUUGGAAGAGGAUGCCUCGGACGUUUCCUAUGACGAAGAUGAUGAUAAUCUGGAGAUUGAUUCCGAGUUUGACGAUGACGAUGACUUCGAGGACGAAGAAUCAGAAGACGAAACCGGGAAAAGCACACACCGCCUCACAGUCCCACGAAGCUAUCGGAAGAAAAUGGAAGAGCUUCAAGAGAAAUUGGGAUUGAAGAACACGGGGCCUCAGCUUGGAUUGGAAACCCCAACAGAGGAUCCCAAGGAGAAGCACCGACUGCCGGCAGCAGAAGCGGCACGGAAGGCUGCAAUUGCCAGGCAUGAAAACUCCUUGAAAAGUAGCUUGAAAUCGGCAAAGAAAUCGGCCCCGGAAGAGGAUGACGCAGAGACGGCUAAGUUCAGCAAGAAGAAAGUUGUCUUUUCCUCGGAAUUGGACAUUGCAUCUGAGGAAACAACAAACCGCACGACAUCCACUACUGCCGCUUCAUCCAAACCAGAUACGAAGGAGCCCAAAACUCGACCGGUCAAUGAUUCUAUCGUCGAGCGGACGAGUUCCCAAAAUGAAAAUGGGCCCACGGCGCCAGCUCCCGCCCCAGGCCUGAACAAACAGUCCCGUUUCAAAGCCGCCCGCCAAUCUCAGCCACAGACCCCCAUGUUUGCACCUCCCAUGACAUUUCCAUCAGUCUCGUCCACUAAGAAUCAAGACCGACCCACCUCUCCUCCACCUCCUUCGAAGAUAGUUUCUGCAGAUCUGGUUGAGCGUCCUACUCCCCGUGUAUCUACAGCUCCUGAUCCCGACGACUUUUCUGAUGAGGCUCAUCGACGGGAGAUUGCGAUGGAAUACCAGCGACACCGUAUGAAGCGAAUUCAUUCCCAAGAGGGUGGAUUUAUAGGUGACGGAGAAGAAGAUAAUUAUGGCGAGAUGAUCACUCCAGGCAGGAAGAAAGGUGGCGAGGAUGCCCAAGGGAAGAAGAUCAGCAGAUUCAAAGCGGCGAGAAUACAUCGCUGA